AUGAGCCCAUCCCGGGUGCACAGCGAGCGCGGUGAAGAGGGGGGCGGCGGACACAGGGCGCGGGAGGCGAUACUGCCGCUCUCCUGGCUCCGGAGCACCGAGGAACACGGCGGGGCCGGGGGGAGGCACGGCAAAGUGCACCCCUGGCGCCCCGUGUUCAGCCCCGCUCCGGGGGCGUCUCGCCGGCCGGAUCCCGCCGGGACAGCCGGGGCCGGGGCCGGGACGGCCGUGACUCGGCGCUGGCCGCCGUGGGUCGCGGCGGGCCGCGGCAGGGAGGCGGUUAACGGCCAGGGAGCCGCCGAGGCAGGAGGAGUCCGCAGGCGGGCGAGCAGGAGGGGGCCGCCGGGCGAGCUGCCCGCAGGCUGCCCGCCCCCGCCGAGCCGCGCCGCGCUCUGCCCCGGGGCGCACGGGCCGGCGGGGCACGGCGGGGCCAGGCGGAGAGCGCGGCGGCAGCGGCGACGGCGGGGGACAGGCUUCGUGCCCCGCCCGCCACGGCACGGCUCGGCACGGCUCGGCAUCGCACGGCGCGGCGCGGCACGAACGACUCGGCAUCGCACGGCGCGGCACGGCUCGGUUCCGCUCGGCACGGCUCGGCUCCGGCGGCUCCCGAGCCAUUCAAACAAGUGGCUCCGGCAGCACUUCGGGGCCGGAGCUGGGGAGAGGGCGCAGCGUGGCUCCCUGCCCCGGAGGCGCCGGGCCCUUCACACUGCCUCUUUUCUCUGA